CAAUGUCAAACUUUGACCUUUGUAUUAUAUACCAUAAAUUAUACUCUUCCACCGAAAAAGUAAUGUAAAUGUAAUAAUGAUUAUAUAGCUUUCAUGACUUAAAAUUGUUGAAAUUAUUUAAAAAAUAAAAAUAUUCUUAAUAGAAUUUGACAUUAAACCUUUGUUGUUAGCCAAUCGGGAAGAAAUAUAUCUGAAAUAGAAAAUUGUGCAUAAUGUGGGGUGAUUCCUUGUUAAUAGUGUUUAUUUCAAUAUGUACUGCAUUCUUAGGAGAAGGACUGACAUGGAUUUUGGUGUAUCGGACAGAAAAAUACCAAAAACUAAAAGUUGAAGUUGAACGCCAAAGUAAAAAAUUGGAGAAGCGUAAGGAAGCACAUGGAGAUUCUUUAGAUAAGCAACAUAAGAAGAAAAUUGAACGUGAAGAAGAAAGGCUCAAGAACAACAACAGAGAUCUGUCUUUAGUGAAGAUGAAGUCAAUGUUUGCAAUUGGUUUUGCAUUUACUGCAUUGCUCAGCAUGUUCAAUAGCAUAUUUGACGGGAGGGUUGUGGCAAAACUCCCUUUCUACCCAAUAUCCUGGAUCCAAGGAUUGAGUCAUAGAAAUUUACCAGGAGAUGAUUAUACUGACUGUUCAUUUAUUUUCCUUUACAUUUUGUGUACUAUGAGCAUCAGGCAAAAUAUUCAAAAGUUGUUAGGAUUUGCUCCAUCUCGGGCAGCUUCUAAGCAAGGAGGUGCAUUAUUUGCAGCUCCACCAACUCAGUUUAAAUAGGUAGAUACCAAGAAGAGAGGGUAUUUAUAUAUUACAUAAAUAAUAAACGUACAUGUGUGUAU